AUCACAAGCUUUUACUGAAGCUUUGAUAAGACAGUCCAGCAGUUGGUGGCAAAUGAAGCCAGGCUGUGCGGCAGGAUCUCCAGGGAAUGAAUGGAUUUUCUUCAGCACUGAUGAAAUAACCAUACGCUAUAGGAAUACAAUGUCCAACGGGGGAUUGCAAAGAUCUGUCAUCCUGUCAGCACUUAUUCUGCUACGAGCUGUUACUGGAUUCUCUGGAGAUGGAAGAGCUAUAUGGUCUAAAAAUCCUAAUUUUACUCCGGUAAAUGAAAGUCAGCUGUUUCUCUAUGACACUUUCCCUAAAAACUUUUUCUGGGGUAUUGGGACUGGAGCAUUGCAAGUGGAAGGGAGUUGGAAGAAGGAUGGAAAAGGACCUUCUAUAUGGGAUCAUUUCAUCCACACACACCUUAAAAAUGUCAGCAGCAUGAAUGGUUCCAGUGACAGUUAUAUUUUUCUGGAAAAAGACUUAUCAGCCCUGGAUUUUAUAGGAGUUUCUUUUUAUCAAUUUUCAAUUUCCUGGCCAAGGCUUUUCCCUGAUGGAAUAGUAAAAGUUGCCAACGCAAAAGGUCUGCACUACUACAAUACUCUUCUGGACGCUCUAGUGCUUAGAAACAUUGAACCUAUAGUUACUUUAUACCACUGGGAUUUGCCUUUGGCACUGCAAGAAAAAUAUGGGGGGUGGAAAAAUGAUACCAUAAUAGAUAUCUUCAAUGACUAUGCCACAUACUGUUUCCAGAUGUUUGGGGACCGUGUCAAAUAUUGGAUUACAAUUCACAACCCAUAUCUAGUGGCUUGGCAUGGAUAUGGGACAGGUAUGCAUGCCCCUGGAGAGAAGGGAAAUUUAGCAGCUGUCUACACUGUGGGACACAACUUGAUCAAGGCUCACUCGAAAGUUUGGCAUAACUACAACACACAUUUCCGCCCACAUCAGAAGGGUUGGUUAUCGAUCACAUUGGGAUCUCAUUGGAUCGAGCCAAACCGGUCGGAAAACACGAUGGAUAUAUUCAAAUGUCAACAAUCCAUGGUUUCUGUGCUUGGAUGGUUUGCCAACCCUAUCCAUGGGGAUGGCGACUAUCCAGAGGGGAUGAGAAAGAAGUUGCUCUCCGUUCUACCCAUUUUCUCUGAAGCAGAGAAGAAUGAGAUGAGAGGCACAGCUGAUUUCUUUGCCUUUUCUUUUGGACCCAACAACUUCAAGCCCCUAAACACCAUGGCUAAAAUGGGACAAAAUGUUUCACUCAAUUUAAGAGAAGCACUGAACUGGAUUAAACUGGAAUACAACAACCCUCGAAUCUUGAUUGCUGAGAAUGGCUGGUUCACAGACAGUCGUGUGAAAACAGAAGACACCACGGCCAUCUACAUGAUGAAGAAUUUCCUCAGCCAGGUGCUUCAAGCAAUAAGGUUAGAUGAAAUACGAGUGUUUGGUUAUACUGCCUGGUCUCUCCUGGAUGGCUUUGAAUGGCAGGAUGCUUACACCAUCCGCCGAGGAUUAUUUUAUGUGGAUUUUAACAGUAAACAGAAAGAGCGGAAACCUAAGUCUUCGGCACACUACUACAAACAGAUCAUACGAGAAAAUGGUUUUUCUUUAAAAGAGUCCACGCCAGAUGUGCAGGGCCAGUUUCCCUGUGACUUCUCCUGGGGUGUCACUGAAUCUGUUCUUAAGCCCGAGUCUGUGGCUUCGUCCCCACAGUUCAGCGAUCCUCAUCUGUACGUGUGGAACGCCACUGGCAACAGACUGUUGCACCGAGUGGAAGGGGUGAGGCUGAAAACACGACCCGCUCAAUGCACAGAUUUUGUAAACAUCAAAAAACAACUUGAGAUGUUGGCAAGAAUGAAAGUCACCCACUACCGGUUUGCUCUGGAUUGGGCCUCGGUCCUUCCCACUGGCAACCUGUCCGCGGUGAACCGACAGGCCCUGAGGUACUACAGGUGCGUCGUCAGUGAGGGGCUGAAGCUUGGCAUCUCCGCGAUGGUCACCCUGUAUUAUCCGACCCACGCCCACCUAGGCCUCCCCGAGCCUCUGUUGCAUGCCGACGGGUGGCUGAACCCAUCGACGGCCGAGGCCUUCCAGGCCUACGCUGGGCUGUGCUUCCAGGAGCUGGGGGACCUGGUGAAGCUCUGGAUCACCAUCAACGAGCCUAACCGGCUAAGUGACAUCUACAACCGCUCUGGCAACGACACCUACGGGGCGGCGCACAACCUGCUGGUGGCCCACGCCCUGGCCUGGCGCCUCUACGACCGGCAGUUCAGGCCGUCACAGCGCGGGGCCGUGUCGCUGUCGCUGCACGCGGACUGGGCAGAACCCGCCAACCCCUAUGCUGACUCGCACUGGAGGGCGGCCGAGCGCUUCCUGCAGUUCGAGAUCGCCUGGUUCGCCGAGCCGCUCUUCAAGACCGGGGACUACCCCGCGGCCAUGAGGGAAUACAUCGCCUCCAAGCACCGACGAGGGCUUUCCAGCUCGGCGCUGCCGCGCCUCACCGAGGCCGAGAGGAGGCUGCUCAAGGGCACGGUCGACUUCUGCGCGCUCAACCACUUCACCACUAGGUUCGUGAUGCACGAGCAGCUGGCCGGCAGCCGCUACGACUCGGACAGGGACAUCCAGUUUCUGCAGGACAUCACCCGUCUGAGCUCCCCCACGCGCCUGGCUGUGAUUCCCUGGGGGGUGCGCAAGCUGCUGCGGUGGGUCCGGAGGAACUACGGCGACAUGGACAUUUACAUCACCGCCAGUGGCAUCGACGACCAGGCUCUGGAAGAUGACCGGCUCCGGAAGUACUACCUAGGGAAGUACCUUCAGGAGGUGCUGAAAGCAUACCUGAUUGAUAAAGUCAGAAUCAAAGGCUAUUAUGCAUUCAAACUGGCUGAAGAGAAAUCUAAACCCAGAUUUGGAUUCUUCACAUCUGAUUUUAAAGCUAAAUCCUCAAUACAAUUUUACAACAAAGUGAUCAGCAGCAGGGGCUUCCCUUUUGAGAACAGUAGUUCUAGAUGCAGUCAGACCCAAGAAAAUACAGAGUGCACUGUCUGCUUAUUCCUUGUGCAGAAGAAACCACUGAUAUUCCUGGGUUGUUGCUUCUUCUCCACUCUGGUUCUACUCUUAUCAAUUGCCAUUUUUCAAAGGCAGAAGAGAAGAAAGUUUUGGAAAGCAAAAAACUUACAACACAUACCAUUAAAGAAAGGCAAGAGAGUUCUUAGCUAAACUGAUCUGUCUGCAUGAUAGACAGUUUAAAAAUUCAUCCCAGUUCCAUAUGCUGGUAACUUACAGGAGAUAUACCUGUAUUAUAGAAAGACAAUCUGAGAUACAGCUGUAACCAAGGUGAUGACAAUUGUCUCUGCUGUGUGGUUCAAAGAACAUUCCCUUAGGUGUUGACAUCAGUGAACUCAGUUCUUGGAUGUAAACAUAAAGGCUUCAUCCUGACAGUAAGCUAUGAGGAUUACAUGCUACAUUGCUUCUUAAAGUUUGAUCAACUGUAUUCCAUCAUUCUGCUUUAGCUUUCAUCUCUACCAAUAGCUACUUGUGGUACAAUAAAUUAUUUUUAAAAAGUAAAA